AUAUUUCAUAUUUGUAUCAAUGUGUCUCGUCCUGCUCAAAUUGCUGUUUAAACUAAAAUUUCAAAGUUGCUCUGCGUUUGUUAAUUCAUAUUUUUGACUAAUCAUAUUUAAUAAUUACUAUACUUAAAUAAAUAAUCGAUACUAGUACCUUAAUGGUAUAUUGGUAUCAAAUACAACCUUUUUUAAUAUAAGUCCUAGUAUUUUGUACUAUUAAUUAUUUUUGUUUAUAAUUACACAGUUCAAUGUUUUGAUCUUCAAAUAACUCAUGGCAAAUAAUUCUGUAGACGAAUUAUCUCAAAGGGAAGAAAAAAAGUAUGUGUUCAAAGACCCAACUUUUGACAGUACCAAAACUAUCAAUGGAAAAAAAAAAUUAUGGCGUUCAUUAAAGCAAAUAACAGCUCAAGAAAGAAAUUUACCAUGGCCUGAUAACUCAAUUAAUUAUAGCUGUAUUUCUGCUCCCCCAUCAUUCAAACCAGCUAAAAAAUAUUCAGAUAUUAGUGGAUUAAUUGCCAAAUAUAAAGAUCCUCAAACAUCUUUAUACUAUGCCGGACAUGAAGAAUUUAGUACUGUAAGAAAUCUGCCUAGUGAUAUUAUUACUGGAUAUCUGACUUUACGAGGAUCGUACAAUCCUAUUGGAUAAUACUAUUACAGUUGAAAUUAUACUUUAAUUUGAAAUAAGACUUAAAAAUAAAAUGAACAAAUAUAUCUGUAACUGUAAAAUGUAUACUAUUAUAUUGAAUUAUUAAACAAUAAUGAAUUUUAUAAAUCAAUUUUUAUUAAUGACUUUAUCAUCUCUUAAUC